AUGGCGGCAUUUGAAGCUGCACUGUCACUCCCCUCACUCUACUCUCCUUGUUCCUCUAAAACCCUCUCCUUUCCUAAACCCUUAAACCUUCGUCUUCCCAGUUUCAUCCCUCCCAUCUCCCACAACUUCCUCCUCUCCUCACCCCCACUUAUCCCCGCAAGAAAACUCUCUUUCGAGCUUUUGUGCUCCGCGGUGCAGGAGAUCACAACCCAGGAAGAAGAACAAGCAGAACAAGAAUCAGCGGAAGAGAAAACCCAGAAGCAGCAGAACCUCAAGAGGAAGCUGUACGUGGUGAACUUGCCUUGGUCCCUCACUGUGGCCGAUAUCAAGACGCUGUUUGGACAAUGUGGGCAUGUUAAAGACGUUGAGAUUAUAAAGCAAAUGGAUGGGAGGAACAGGGGCUUUGCAUUUGUCACAAUGGCUUCUGGGGAAGAAGCUCAGGCUGUCAUUGAUAAAUUUGACUCUCAGGAGCUAUCAGGUAGAACUGUCAAGGUAGAGUUUGCAAAGCAAUUCAAGAAACCAACUCCACGUCCUUCAACCCCUAAAGUUCAAGAGACUCGCUAUAAACUAUAUGUCUCCAAUUUGGCAUGGAAAGCAAGAUCAAGCCAUCUCAGAGACUUUGUCUCUUUGAAUUUUAAAACUCCAGUUUCUGCCCGAGUUGUCUUUGAUGGGCCUUCAGGGAAAUCUGUCGGAUAUGGAUUUGUUUCUUUCGCUAGAAUGGAGGAGGCAGAGGAGGCAAUAUCUGCUUUGAAUGGGCAGGAAUUGAUGGGGAGGCCAGUGACUCUAAAGUUUAGUGAGAAAAAUAUAGGUGAAUCUACAAACCAAGAGGAAAAGGACAACUCCAACCAAGAAGAAAAGGUGGAGGAAGAGAAAUUGGAGAAUCAGCCUGAAGAAUCAUAAGUCCGCACACAUUCUUUGACCGUCUUGAUCCAUUUCUUUACAAAUGUAAGUGGAGUCUUUGGGCAAAUCAGAAAUUUUGACCUCAACCACCCAUGUAGAGACCAAAUGUGUUUUGUUGUUUGUACAUCUUGCAUUAGCCUCUUGUUUAGCUGUUCUUUCGAUUCAACUACCAUAGUUGUUUCCUGUCUUGCUAAAAAUCUUGACAUGCAUAGAUGAUACAGGAUUGUGUAAGAUAUACAGAUAAAAUUACUUAUUUCUUACUAGUCAAUCUUCUUUUAUGGCAUUACAAACA